AUGGCGAAACCCAAAUGCCAUGAUGUCUCAAGUACUACAUUGUUGGCUCCACCUCUUACGGAAGCUUUCGAUGAGCUCAGGUUAUCCACAGUCUCUCUUCUCGCCAACGCUUCUAGUAAUCCUAGUGGGCAAUGUUCUCAUGGGUCCCUUGAGCAGUUCACCGAUUCCCCUCGAACUACAUCCGCCGUUUCACCUAAUCCCUACUUCCGACAGUCUUCUGAUGGAAUUAAUUACUUGCCUAACAGACAAAAAUACGGAUCUUGCUCCCUCUUAACAGAAAUUGCCAAUUAUGAAUCAAGUCUUAAUGCACACGAUAACUCAAACCGUUGUAAUAUUCAUACGCUUAAACGGCUUCGCCAUAACUCCGCUUCAUCCAAAUUCGCAAUUUACCAUGAGGAGCACAAACCUCUAAAAUUCAACACAGAAGCUCCAGACAAUUCGUUUCCAAUUGCCCAUCCAAAGCCUUGCUAUGUGCUUCAUGUCAAUGUUGUCAAUACAAACCCUGAUAUAACAAAACUGGAUUGA